AGUAGCGAUGUGCUGCACUGGUGCGUCAAUGGCGUGUCCUGAGUCCUCGUAGCAGCGAUAGAGACCAAUGCCAAGUGUCGACGAGGAACGUGACGUGUCAUCGGCCAAGAGGACGAUGCGUCAAUGGUACGUCGAGUUCUGAGAGCGAGCCCCCACGAUGUGGCCGAGGCCAACGAGGAUAUGCCGAGUAUGGCAGAUGCUGCUACUCGUUAUCCUCAUUACCGGCAUCCUCGUCUUCUACACGAGGAGCCCCCAGGGUAACGGAGUUCGUCAUGAUCUCGUACACUUGCAAUUAUCGGAAGGUCAAAAAGAGUACAUCGACAAACGUGGAGUGCAUGUCGUCGUUGGCCAUUACGUUGGCAAUUCAAUGGACUCCCUGCAAAUUCCUAACAUAACAAAAGAAAUAAUCAAUAAGAACAUGUUCGAUCCCCGAUCUUACGAAGGAAAGAACGGCGAUCCCGUUCAGAUACCGGCGAAAGACUUUCAGCUGAUGCAACAGCUCUUUCAAAUCAAUAGAUACAAUUUGCUGGCAAGCGACAGAAUUCCUUUGAAUAGAUCAUUGCCGGAUGUGCGAAAGAAGAAAUGCAUUUACAGAUACGCAAAUUUAGGAAAUUUGCCCACUACUUCUGUUAUAAUUGUCUUCCAUAACGAAGCCUGGAGUACGCUCUUACGAACCGUGCAUAGUGUCAUUAAUCGAUCCCCUAAGUAUUUACUACGAGAGAUAAUCCUUGUCGAUGAUAAUAGCGAUAGAGAUUUUUUAAGAGAGCCAUUAGAUGAAUACGUAACGCAAUUGAAUGUGCCAACGCGAGUUCUCAGAUCGGAGAACCGCGUUGGUCUAGUGAACGCGAGGCUCAUGGGGGCUAAGGAGGCUGUAGGGGACGUCUUGACCUUUUUGGAUGCUCACUGCGAAUGUACGGCCGGAUGGCUGGAGCCUCUUUUAGAAGCCAUAUCUAAAAAUCGAACGAGAGUUAUCUCUCCGGUUAUAGAUAUUAUUAACGACGAUACGUUCAGUUACACAAGAUCGUUCGAGUUGCACUGGGGUGCAUUCAACUGGGAUUUGCAUUUCCGAUGGUUGAUGCUAAACGGGGCACUGCUACGUGGACGUCGUGAGAAUGUCGUCGAUCCGUUCAAGACGCCGGCGAUGGCCGGUGGCCUCUUCUCCAUGGACCGCAGUUACUUCUUCGAGCUCGGGAGCUACGACGAGCGCAUGCGCAUUUGGGGCGGAGAAAACCUCGAGCUAUCGUUUCGUGUCUGGCAGUGCGGAGGCAGCGUGGAAAUAGCACCGUGUUCCCACGUCGGUCACAUAUUUCGCAAGUCUUCGCCCUAUACCUUUCCCGGGGGCGUCGACGAGGUCCUCUAUGGGAACCUCGCGAGAGUCGCUCUCGUCUGGAUGGAUGACUGGGGCCGCUUCUACUUCAAAUUCAAUCCACAGGCAGAAAGAGUCCGAGAUAAGCAACAUAUUAAAUUGAGACUUGACUUACGAGAGCGAUUGGGCUGCAAAAGCUUCGAGUGGUAUUUGGAUAACGUGUGGCCGGAUCACUUCUUUCCAAAAGAUGAUCGAUUUUUCGGCCAGAUCGUUCACGCGUCAUCGAAGAAAUGUCUGAUGAGGCCGAUGACGAAGGGCGUGUUCUCCCAGCCCUCGGGCUUCGUAGCCUAUCAAGACUGCAUAUUACCGCCAAAUCUUGGCCAGAUGUUCGUUAUGACAAAAGACGGGGUAAUAAUGACCGACGAGAGUGUGUGUCUCGAUGCUCCGGAAAGAGAUAACAGGCAUGAGAAACCGAAGGUGAAAUUAAUGGCCUGCAGUGGCUUCGCGAGCCAAAAGUGGAAGUACCAUAAGGAGGAAAAAGUUAUGCAGCAUAUAUCGUCUGGUAUGUGUCUUGAGAAGUCUCCGAGCGAUAACGAGAGUCCGGUAAUAUCUGCGUGCACAUAUAACGACGAACAGAAUUGGGAACUUGUUAGCAUUCCAUGGAAAUAGUCGAUUUGAUGGCUUGGUAGAAGAGAAAUUUUUUAUUUGUAAACGGGCUUACAUAAGCUGAACACUUCAAAAUAAUUUUAUCUUGUAAAUCCUAUGUUUUUAUACCUCUAAAGUAGCGAGCUGAAAAAUAAGAAGAUUUUAAAGACUGAACUAGGUAGAAUAGAUUUAACGUAUUUUAUACAAUUUGUUGAAGUAUAUAAGAAAUAAAAUAUAUUUCUCAAUUAUUAUUAUAUUAAUUAUGUUUACAAUUCUGUACAAUACAGUAUGGACAAUACGAUCCAUAGAUUUAGAGAAUUGAAAAUAAUGGCUAGAAUGUAUGUAC